GUUGUCAAUUAGCUAACAUUAUCCCUUUCCCCUCCUUUCUUCUCCAGUUCUCCACUUUCACUCCCACCCCUAUGCCCAGAACCUGAAAUCCCCUCUAUCCCAACUCAGCUAAUCGAUAUCGAACCGGAGAAAUCGACAAUGGCGGCCUCCUCCAUCUCUUCCCUCGCCUCGUCCUUCGCCUCUCUCUCAUUUUCCUCUCAAGUCUCUCAGAAACCAAACGCCCUUACUUUCCCCCUCAUCAAGUCCCGCUCCCUUUCACCUUCCCCCAAAUCCUUCACCACCCUCCGCGUCUCCGCUGCCGUCGCCUCGCCGUCCGAGCCCUUCAAGGACCUGGUGAAGACGAGACUCCCCGGCGGAUUCGCCGCCCAACCCAUCAUCGGCACCGGCCGCCGGAAAUGCUCCAUCGCUCGUGUUGUCCUCCAGGAAGGCACCGGCCAAGUCAUAAUCAACUACCGGGAUGCCAAUGACUAUCUCCAGGGGAAUCCGCUGUGGAUUCAGUACGUCAAAGUCCCACUGGUGACAUUGGGCUAUGAGGGCAGCUACGAUGUGUUCGUGAAAGCUCACGGCGGUGGGCUUUCCGGCCAGGCGCAGGCGAUCUCACUGGGAAUUGCUCGGGCGUUGCUGAAGGUCAGUGCCAGCCACAGAUCGCCUCUGAAAUCGGAAGGGCUUCUGACGAGGGACUCAAGAAUCGUGGAGAGGAAGAAGCCUGGUCUCAAGAAAGCUCGCAAGGCUCCUCAGUUCUCCAAGCGUUGAGCUUUUGCUUGGGGCAAGUUACAAAGUUCGUUUCUUUCUCACUUAUACUCCUCCCAUCCACUCUCUGCUUCUCGGCAUUGCUUUCUCAGAGCGUUGUAGAAUGUGUUGAACAGUUUGCCUCUGUAGAUUCUAGCAGUUCUAUUGCUUGUCUUUAACCUGAAGGUCUCAACCGAUCUCUUGCCAUUCAAUAUGACCCUUCAGAAACAAACCACAAUGAUAGUGAUGACCAUACCUACAAUGAUUAGCCUCUCGUCUUGAUCCAACUCUAAGUUCUUAGUGGGAUGCUUGGAAGAAAUGUGAUGCUGAAUGGAUGGAUGCAGCAUAUGACGAUGACUUCUUGUAAUCAUUUACAUGUGUUCUUCCUUCACUAGCCAACUAGGAUUAGGGAUGGCAAUCAAAUCCACGGCCGCGGGUACCCGACCGCCCCUGACCCAGUCAACGCGGGUAAUCCCCGCUUUGACCGGGUAUGGGGCGGGUAUGGGUAAAACCCGCAAAAAGUUU